UUCGAUUUCGGUUCGCCUCCUAAUAAGGCGGCUCCGCCGGUGCCCGUGCUGACCGCAGCGCAGAAGCCGCUCUGCUCCAAUGACGGCGCACCCCCAAACCCUCGUUUCACCAUAAAUCCCCUCCCUCCCGCUCGUCCCUAUCCAUCUCCAGUGAGAGUGGGGGCAAUGGAGUUGCUCGUCGACGAGGAACCGAGGUCGGGCACGCCCAUGGCGCUCGGGCUCGGGGAGGACGCCAUGGAGGCAGUACGGAGAGCAUUCCCCGGUCAGGAUUUUGCCAUUGAUGUGGUGAGUCGAGCUUUUGGCCGGCCGGAUCCGGCGGAGCGCAGCCAACAGGAUUCUUCUGCCUGUGGUAUCAGCGGCGCGCGUGCCUCAGAAAUGCGUGUAGAUUUGGAGCAGGCGGAGAACGCCGGACAGAGUUGUGCACAGCAGGAAUCGUCUGCCUGUGGAGUCCGUGGACCGGAUGCCUCAGAAAAGCAGUUGAACUCGGAGGAGGCCGAGCCCGCCGGCCAGCGCUGUGAAGCCCCUCCUGUGCCCACAGAUGUAGGUGCUGAAGCCGCCGGCGGCUGGAAACGCAGGGUAAGGCGAGGUCGUAUCCCGGAUGAGCGGGAACCAGACGCCUGUCGUGUAAGCGCGCUGGAGAAGGCAUUGACUGGCUUCGCAGAGAGGCAGACUGAUGCCGUUGUCAAUCCAGAGGUGGGGACCUGCUUCGAUUCGAUUGAAGAGGCAUAUGAUUUUUAUAACCUCCAUUCCUGGGAAAUGGGGUUUGGGAUUAGGUACGGCAGCAGCAGGAGGAAUACAAAUGGUGGUAAAACCAUGCAGGAAAUUACUUGUGGUCAUGGGAGUAAACGACAGGCGAGCGGAAAAUCAGGCAGAUGCGAGUGCCCGGCACUAAUUAGGCUACUUAGAACUGAUGACAACGGAUGGUAUGUCACCCUGCAUAGGAAAGUGCAUAACCAUGCUUUUUCUAGUAUGUAUGGAAAGAAGGUGCAUUGGCCAUCUCAUAAGCAUCUAGAUAAGUACACCAGGGAUUUGGUUUGCCAGUUAAGGCACGAUAAUGUUAAUUUAGGUGUGUAUGAUACAAUUGCUUCUUUUUUCGGAAGAAGGGAGAACGUCCCUUUCAGUAAGCGUUCGAUCAGGACACUGUGUGGGGAAGUUAUUCGUGAGCUAGCUGAUGAGGAUGCUAGGAGAACCACGGAGACUGCAGCUGCAUCUGAAGAAAGGGAUCCGAAAAAACAUACGCGGGAGGAGACGGCAAACAACUGUACCACUCCUGAUUCUGCGAGUACGCUGGUUGAAAGGUACCCUGAGCAGGAUGAUACACAAAAUUUUGAGGCAGGUAGGCUGGGCGAUCUGAUGUUAGCUUUUGGGGAUUGUCACCUAGUGCUUAAAAACUGCACCUAUGAUGAUCUCAUCAACUCCAAGAACACCAUGUCGGGUCUCGAGGAGGCAGUGAAGGCCUUGACCCCCCACCUUAAGCAGGGCAUCUUUUGUGACCUGUGGUCCAGUGCCCACAAUUCUGGAGGUGUUGUGUCAGCGCAGGUGCUGACCAUUAGGGACCUGUUCAGGUUUACACGGUGGCUCACAACUACCACAGGCCAGCAUAAUCUGCAGUCUGUUCAGCAGCGUUUCAAGCUGGUCAAAUCUGGAAAGAACGUCUCCGAGCCUGAGGAGAUGGCCCUCCUCCACCUUUAUCAGGCUGAGAAUGAUGAAUAUUCAAGUCAGAUGAGCAAGCUGCAGGAAGAAAGGGAUGGGAAGAUUGCCCACUAUAUGGCCAAGAUCGAAGAGACCCGCAAGUCCUUCGAUGUCAAUGUUGAAGCUGCAAACGCGCAAUACCCUGUAUCCGCUUCCUAUGUUGCCCUGAACAGCAAUGAGCUCCGCGGCCAAUGCUGGAACAUGUAUCUCACCCACUGUCGGAAGGAAGCGAAGGAUCUGAACAUGCAAGCCUCAAACAUUGUCGACAAGUAUGGGCCAGAGGUGCAGCAGCGUCACCUAUUUGAGUUUUGCAGCCGGGAUGCCAACCGUCAGACCCUCCUCAAGUAUGGCCAGACAAAAGUCAAGAACCUGAAAAAGGCAGGAGCAGCCCGCGGAGAAAAUACUCUUCAUAGCUACAUGAAGCUCCUUGAUAUAGAAAAGGCUUAUGCGCUACUCGCUGCUGAAGAGCAAAUUCCCACUGGGCCAGAUACAAGUUGUGGUGAUAGUGAGGAUGAGGAUCACAGCAAUAGAAACAACGCUGUUGCAAGUGAUGAGGCUGUUGAGGCCGCUGAAGGUGAUGGACAUGAUGGGGGUGAAGAUGCACAAGGAUCUCCGCAGCAAAAGCGUCGUAGGCAUGGUCAACCCUAUGUUUAGUGCUGACUCCUAAAGCAUGUGACUCUUAAGAGGAUCAUGCGACUUAGAUGUUUCCUUGUAUAUUAUUGAAAGUUCAAGGCGGAGAUGAGGUUCAGAUCAAGUCGUGGGAGGACUCGUGGAUUCUGAAUUAACCUCUUUGUGAGGUAUAUUCAAAUCUGUACAAUGAUUAUAGUACCAUAAGCAUCAAUGUUGCCAAAGCUUUUCAAAAGGGCUGGUAUGUUUUCAG